AUGCACAAGCGGAAGGCGAGCGCCCCCAUCUUAGGGGACUGGCCCAGUGACUCAAAGCGCAGAUGUGAAAGACGCAUCCGGGGAGAUAUUCCCCCCUGCAGAAAAGCCAAAUCGGAAGAACAUCAAAUAGUGGACGAUGCUUUAUUAAAAUAUAAAGGCGGAACGAUGCAACCGUUAGGGGGGUUGAGAUUGACCGCGAUGAAGGAGUUAACAUCUCCGAUGGAAAUCGCCCCGUUUGAGCACAACCCGGUUGAAGGGGGUAAUCUUUAUGGCGGCACUUCCAAGGGGCACCCACAGAACAGCACACACAGGUUGUCCCCCCCAGUGGAGACACCCACAAAUGCGCAACACUCCCUUUUAGAGAAGGUUAAACAUGAAGCCAGUAACAGUAUAUAUGAAAAGGUAAAAACAGGAGAGGAAAGUAAAGAGGAAGUAUCAGGGGGGGAAGAGAAAUUUGAGCAGAUGAAGAACGAUGUAAGUGACCCCCUGUGUGGUAGGAUGUCCCACGAAGCAGACGAACAGGCUGACGUAAAACAUGUAGGUAUAGCACAUUUAAAAAUUACAAACCGAUUCAUUACGAAGGAAAAUGAGGACCAAAUGAAGAGCUCAUCCGAGAUCGAGUCUGUGUUAAAGGGGGGAAAUAAUGGUGUUGGCUUACCUUUAAGGACAGAUGAAUGUGCUCUAACAAAUCCCAGGGUAGGAAGUGAUCCCACCUUUGCAUCUACCCUGUGUACAGAUUCAGCUUCGACAAUUUUGGGGUCUAACCAAAAUUAUAGCCAGUCGUCACUGCAGAUGAGGAAUGGAUAUGCAAACCAGCCGGGGGGGUGCAGAGGGACCGAGUGCCCCUCGUCAGAUCUCCCACACUGGGACUCCUCCAAAAGUGAAAAAGAUGAUGACGAUGCUGAGAAAACAGAUAGUGUGGUGGAUGAGAAAGUCUCCCGCGACGGCAAAAUGGCCACUCCCACCAAUGGAGGAAAAUCCUUCGAGGAGAACAAACCUGAGUUGGUGAGAGACCCAAGUGGUUACCCACCCCUGAUGUCUACCCUAAGUGAUGAAUUGCUUUGCUGCACUUCAAAUGGUAGCGAUGAAACGAACAAGCGUAGUGGCACCCAUGAAUGCUUAACGAUACCAAAGGGGAAUGAAGGUGGAAGUACCCAGGUAGACAUGAACCAUGAUGGGGACAUCCCAUCCGACGAGGACAAGACGUUUUGUGAAACCCUAACCAGCGAAGAGGCCUCCUCCAAACGUAUUUACCAUUUUAGGAGAAGCAAAAAUAAUAUACAUAUAUACACACCAGGGGGUGGGGCCUACUUAACCAUCAAGGAUAACGGAGAGGAGACCCCCGAGUCAAUGACGAGUGAACAAUCAAAUGAAACACUCCACCGUGGAAGUGGCCAAAUGAAAGUUAAAGAGGAAGUUAACCCUGGGGAACAACAGAGGGACAUCCAUUUCGUGAACACACAAAGUCGCUCCUUCAUAGGAAGCACUGGAGAGAGUAACCACACGUAUAAUCGAACAGGUGUUAGAAAACGCAAAGUGACAUACGAAUUGGAAUGUGCACAGAUGAAUAGCAGAGCCCGUUUGGCAGAUGGACCAACAGACACAACUCCCCAUGAGGUGCGAAAAUAUACAUGCGCAGAGAAUCUGCACCCACGAAGACGAAGCGCACCGGGAAGAACACGCAAGAGAAAACUACUCACACCAAUGUCGAAGAAAAAGGUAAAGGCGGAAAAAAAAAAAAAAAAGAAAAAAAAAAUUCCCGGGAGAAUUUACAAAGUUAUUGUGCGGGGGAAGGAGUGCUGGAGGGCGGAAUGGUUUGUCCAGAAGGGUCUCCAAGAAAUAAAUUGCCAUAAUGGAGGUGUCCAUGCGGCUAUGGCGAAAACAGAGAUGAAUACGGAGACAAACACAGUGAUCAACACAAAGACUGAGACCGGUAGUGGAAGCUUCCAGGAGAGCCACCCCCCCGGGAAUGAAAACUCACUUGUGAAAAAGAGUAGACAGUUUUCCGUGUCUGUUUAUGGACCUGAAAACGCGAGACUCUUCGCCCUGUUCGAACUAAUUAAAUACAACUCCGUUCCGGAUGGCUUGAGAGAGGAAGCCAAUCUGUGCAUCUGCUCCAUUAAGAAAAAUUUGAUGGUGCAGGGGGGGUCCUCCAACAAAUCUCGCAGUGGUCACUUCCUACCUCUUAUGCUUUCCGAUUGGGACGAUGCCUACUCACCCGCCUUGUUCAGAAAAAUUCAGGGGGAUAUGGUGCGUAACUGGGGCCAGUUCACCGACGGGGGUAGCAGGGACGUACGUGUUUGCAGUGGCAACAAGGAGGAACCCCCUCGAACUGCGCCCCACUUCGAUGGAUACAGUUAUCCUCGCAAGGGGAACCAAUCUGGGGGAUUUGAUCACGUGAUUAGGUGCAGUGGAGACUUCACUAGCCUAGGGGAAAACCCACCUAACCGUGUACCAAACCAGCCUAACCGGGGGAAUAACCACCCCAACCUGGUAAGUAACCAUCCAAACCGCUUGAACAACCCCACCGGUCACGUGGGAAACUCCUCCUCACACAACCAGAACAACCUAGUCCACAGCAUCAACGCGUACAACCUGCACUCGAGGCACAUGGCCCACACGUUCGCGGCGAACAAACCAUCGAUCGUAAACCUGCAAAAAGGCUUUAACAGUAGUCACCAUGCCUACCCGCCCCACGGGGAAGAAAUCCUUAAGCUACAAAAUGGCUUCCCAUUCGGACAGUUGGACGAAUACACAAAUGGGGCUAACACAAACUGGGCCCUGCGCGUCAACCAUCCUGGAUACCAUUACAAUUACGCGAGGGGUGAUGACAAGAUUCGCAGCAUGGCCACCUGUGCAUCUCACCAUAGCUACCCAAAUGGGUAUGUAAAUAGCCAUGAGGAUGUGAGAAGCCCUCCGGACAACUCGACCGCUGACUUGACCACCUUUGGGAACUAUUUUCACUCCGAUGGGAAUGCAGUUAAUUGCAAAAUGGAUAAAAUGGAUAAGAGUGUCCCCGCCGCCUUUGGGCCAAAGAUGUCGAAUGGGGGUGGCAACGUGUUUGAUCAGUUCGCCGGGGGGGCAGCACAUUUGAGGGGUUGA